GCAGAGCAAGUUUCAAAGUUUUCGGUCAUCAGCUGACUUCUGACAGGGCUAUUAAAAUUCAGGGUGUAAUAGUGGCAUGUGGUGUUUAUUAAUAAUCUUAAUAUAUACCAGUUGUUGGAAUUUAUCAAUUAGAUCAACGUACUAGAAGUCAAAAAACUUCCAACAUAGUCACGUUACAAAAUUUUUGUAUCUCAAAUUUCACCAUUUAAAUUACUUCAUCGUAAAUUAUGAUCAGCUUGGGAGCGUAUGAAUACAAUCCUGCGGAUGUUCUAGGUAAUGGGGCAUUCGCGAUUGUAUAUAAAGGGAGAGUUAAAAAUAAUCCAGAGGAACCUGUGGCAAUAAAAAUCAUGUUGAAAGAUCAAAAUGUCCUUAAGUCGAAGACGCUUCUUAGCAAGGAAAUAUGUGUCUUAAAAGACCUUAACCACGACAAUAUCGUCCGACUAUAUGAUCACAGUAUCUCUAGCAGUGGAGUCUAUUUGGUAAUGGAGUACUGCAAUGGUGGUGAUCUUUCCGAAUACUUACAGGCCAAGCGCACUUUGCCUGAGGAUACAAUCCGUCACUUCCUAAUACAGAUUGGCUCGGCUAUGGACGCUAUGAAUAGGAAAGGUUUUAUGCACAGAGACUUAAAACCGGGCAAUAUCUUGUUGAGCCACUGUAGGGAUUGUGGUCACCAUGUCACUUCUAUUCCUGGUUAUCUUCUGUCCUUCAAGCUAGCUGAUUUUGGCUUCGCUAGAUUUUUACAGGAUGGGAUGAUGGCAGUAACCAUGUGUGGAUCACCUAUGUAUAUGGCUCCUGAAGUACUGAUGUGUCGUAAAUAUGAUGCAGUAGCAGAUAUUUGGAGUAUGGGCAUUAUUGUUUACCAGUGUUUAACUGGUAAGGCUCCAUUUUAUGCCAAUACUCCAGAGGCUUUAAAAAACAUAUAUGAAAAAACAGCUUGUCUCAGACCAAAAAUACCUGUUACAACCAGUAAAGCGUUACAGGAUCUUCUAUUAAAAAUGCUUAUUCGUAAACCAUCGGAUAGAAUUGAUUUUCAAAAUUUCCUGAAUCAUCGAUUUCUGCACCAACGACAUUUUGAACCUCGAGCUGGUUCUGGUCCAGAGUCAUCUGCAACACGAUCAUCUAUUGCUCCUGCCCUACCUAGUCGUAACAGACCAACAGUUCGAGGCUCUGGAAUUACUGUUCUUGGUCAAGGAACUGGUGAAGGCCCAUAUUAUCUUGCUCCACAAGAUGGUAAUCGUGGAAGAGAUAAAACACCUCAAGGAAAAGCAUCUAAUAAUCCACCUGGUUCAUCAAACGGUCCUCGUGAAUGGACUAAUCCAACACAUUGGUCAAAUAAUACAAGCAACAAACAACAACCUUUAUCUGGAGCAACUUCAUCAUCACCAUCAUCACAACACUCAACAGGUGAUUUCAGUCCAUUCUAUCCACAACAUACCGGAGCUGGUGUUAUACCUUUCAAUAAUUAUGAUGAUCCAGGCUAUGGUCUAGACGAUAUAGAUGAUGAAAUGACGAAAACUACCGUCGAUGAAUACAUUGAAGAUGAAUUAGAUGCAUCCAGUUCAUCACCAUCUAGUGACCAAAAUAACUUACCUAAACUGCCUUCAGUAAAACCACGUGAUUUUAUGCAUAUUGAUUCUAAUAAAUACCCUACAGAUAAUCAUCAAAAUAAUCUUAACACUAACUUUUAUAGUUCUAAUCAUCAACAACAGUAUAUAUCAAACAAUUAUCGACCAUCAGUACCAACAAGACAGGAUGGAUUUAAUGUAGAUGAACAAAGAUCAACUGCAUAUCGAUUUGAUCAACGUGGAGUGUAUAUGAAUGCUGAGAUGGAAUAUGGUGAACCACCUCUUGAAGAUUAUGUUAUUGUGAAUUCAGAUGGUUCAGAAGUUCAACGUAUAGAUCGUGAACGAUUCCGUCAACAAAAUCAAUCGACUGAUCCACUUUCACAUAUGAGUAACGUUGGCCGAAUUGUUCGUAAUCCUGGAGCAUAUCUUACAAAUAAUAAUAAUCUUCAACGUAGAGGUAUGACAGAUAUUGGUCCACUCCCAGAUGUAACUAUUGGUACAAAUACAACGGAUACGCGAUAUCAUCAAUUACUGAAUGAUAAUCAUCGCAACUCUUCACCCACUCUCUUAAAUACAAACGAAAUUCCACAUGGUGUAAAUAAUAAAUUAGCUGAUCAGUACUUAAAUCAGCUGCCAGUCAAUUCUCGAAAUUCUCCAACUAGUCACAAGUAUAAUACUCAACCUAUAUCAGAACCAAACAAGGGAUCAACUGAUUAUACAAAAGAUAGAUCUCAUGGAACUCAAAUUAAUGAAGGGAACUUGUCAUCUCUUCCUCAACACAAUACUGAACCGAAAAUAUCCUAUAUGGAACCUAUGAUGAGUAAUUUAAAUUUGAGUAAAACUGGAACUACCUUACAACAAAUUACUUACCAAACUAACAACAGACAAUUUAUUCAUCCUUCUGGUUUACAAACUAUCGCUGUUCAAGGUGUAGAUGGUGUUUAUCCUGUUAUCGCUACAGGUAGAAAUUUUGAGAAUGAUUUAACAUCCGGUGGUUUGUGGGAAGCGGCAGAAUUUUCAGAUGAAAUUUUAAUGGAGUCCGAACACAAUGAAGAAAUUAAGAAAAUUACAAUGGUCCUAGAAUUGUGUGAAUUAUUAGCAGAAUUAGCUGAACGUCGAGCAUCUGCACUAGCUGAUUGUACUCCAACACGUGUUGUAAAUACAGAUAAUGAUAGUAAAACAACCACUACAGAUCCUUCGGUUGCUAAUGAUGGUGUAUCACUAGUUAAGCUGGACAAUCAACAGACUAAAUGUUCGUCGAAUACUAAUAGUCUUGAUAAUAAUCAUUGUGUUGGCAGUUAUAGUAAUAAUGAUAAUAAUGAUGAACAGGAUUCAAGCAAAAAUUGUCAACAAGCAUCAUCCACUGCAUUGAAAUUCGUGUCUGAAGCUCAAAGGUAUGUUACGUAAUGAGAUUCGAGUAAAGAGUUCUAACAACUACGUGCAUAUAUUUUUGUGAAUUGAACAAUUAGUUUCAAUUUUAUUCACAUUUGGUUAAGUUUUAUGAUCCAACUAUUUCAUGAAAUUGGUAUCUCUUUCGAAACUACAUAAAUACAGUGGUUUAGUAUUAUUACUUUGGACGGUAAUACUCUUGGUAGUUCUAAUUUCUGUUGUAAAUAUUGUUUGUUUUUCAUGUUUUCAUCAACUUCUUUUUCUUCAGAUGGCACUAGUUUUUUCAUUUGUUUAAAGUCAGUCAUAGUCAUUUAGAAUCAACACAGAGCUAGCUCGGUACAUAUGUGGUCAACCAAAGUCGUCAUACUAUAUAAGCACGAUGAAAUGAAACGAUUUAGAUGAAUAAUUAAAGAAAUCAAAAUAAUAUGGUAGGAAUGAUAAUGCAAAAGUUUGAACAUUGAGAAUAUGGUUCAAAAAGACAGUGGAAAAGGUAUUUAUGAAGGAAUACUAGAGUCGAAGAUCGAUAGGAAAAUAAGAAGUAAACGGAUAUGGAAAAUGGUGACUUAUUUGGAAUCAAUGUUACCUAAUGUGUCCAACCAAUCAUCGGCGUUAUCACACCGACUCCAACCAUCUAGUCGACGUCUACCAACAUGGCUGAAAUCAACAGUCAAUAACUUUUUAUGGACUAUUGCCACGUUUUGGUUUGUACAUUCCAACUUGCUAAAGGAACGUUUUGUUAGUGAUGGUGUUUAAAAAGAUCCAAACUUCUUAUUCUAUUUUAUUCAAAGCCUAAAAUUUCCAUGUCUGACCCUAAAAUUUAAAUUACACCUAAGCAGAAUAAUCUACAGAUUACAUCAAAUAUUAAAUGAUUAUACAAGUUUAGCUGAAUUAACUCUAAGAAAUUCUUUUCCGAUUAACCAUUCUAAAUCAACUUAUUUGUCAAUUAUGCUAUUCACAGUCGAAAACAGUAUUUAUUAUGCACUUAUUGUCACUAAACUAUGCUAAAUAAAAAGUGACACUCAUGUUAAUGAUAACCCCAAUUUAAGGACAAUUUUUAUAGUAUUUGAAGUAAACAUAGAAGCAUCUAAAAAAGUGUCAUGAAUUAGUUCACUAAAUGAAUGCCUGAAUAGAUCUGAUUUAUUUCGUUCUUACCACUUUUCUUCUCUUUCCCAAUGUAAAUUAAAAUGUAUGGAGUAUUUUUGUUGUUGUUAAAUCGUCUAAAAUUGCUUUGAUUGCUGUGUUCUUAGUUGAUACCGUGUUUAGAAAUUUGUCUUAGUGGUUCAGAUAUUAUAUAUGUCAACUACCUAAUUCGAUUUGAGUUAGGGUUAUGGUAGAGUAUAAAUCUCAAAGUUUAGUCAAACAGAGCUAAUUAUAAUCAGCAUAGAGCCUCACACAAAUAUACUUCAUACGAAGCUGCUAUUUCAAGAUGAAUAACAAAAGUGCCGAAAUAAUAUAAUGGUGGUAAUAAUAGUGGGAAAGAUUAAUAUAGUUCAAAAAACCAAAAACAAAAUGCGUAUCUACAACCACUGAUCACGGUUAUUGCACAGAAUCCAGCUUAUAAAAUUGUGUGUGGUUACUCAUAUUAUUGGUGUCAAUUUAUAUGGGGUUGAUGAUUAAGGUUGAAAUAAAAUCUAAUUUGAAGUAACACUAGACUAAAAUAGCCUUUUGAAAACGGGAUUAGAGUAUGAACGCUAAACCUAAAUUUAUUCAUUUGAACACAUAAAUAUUAGUACAAAGGGGCGCCGCAUACAUAUGCGCUACACAAGUCAAUUGAUUUUUGUGUGGGCUGUGAUACUGCGCGGGUGCCCAGACCGAAGCAGGUGAUUGUGCAUCCUAUGCUGAUUGCUUUGAUGUUGUCGUUAUAUCAAGAGAACUUUAAUCUGGAUUGUUCGAAUUUCAAGACGAAGAGGAAUGUAAUGAACGAAGCUUUUCACAGUAAACCAAAUUAUUCUAUCAUGAAAAUCACACGCCGAUUUUGUAAAAUAUGAAAACAAUGCAUCAAGUAUACUAUUAGCACAUCUUCCUUGAGUUGUCACUUAUAACUCCAUCGUCCUUCUAUCUUUGUUGUUAUGUCCAUUACUUUCUUUUUUCUUUUCUAUUCUCCUCAUUUUCUUGUUAUAUCCGUAAGAAUCAUACUUUCAAUUCCUGAUAAAUGCUACCUAUAACUGUCCGUACGAGUAGCACAUAUCACACUGGAUUCAAAUCCCAGAGAGAACAUCAAAUCUGGGUUACAGGUUCAUCUAGCUGACGAGUCUCGCAUAGAACGUGAAGCGUGUCCCUGAUUCCACUACCAGCUACCUACCAGCUCUGCCUUAAGCUAGUAUUGUCGCAAUUUUUUGUCCUUAUGUUUAAUAAUGAACAAGAAUGUAAUCUUUAUAUGUUCACCUCAAAUUUUUAGACCCCAAUUCGUGGUCACUAAAUUACUUUUUUAAUUUGGCUUUUAGAAUUGUUGAACAAAUUGUACUU